AUGCUGCGCGUGUCGUGGGCGACGUCCGGAGAAGAGCUGGCAGCCAUACCCGUAGAGGAGUUGAGGGAUGUGAUGUCAUUGAAGCAGCGCCUGCAACAGCUCCAUGGCAUCUCGCGAUACCGGCAACGAUUUCUCUCCUCCACAUCGCCCUUGGAGGAUCAUGACAGGCUGGACGCACCCAUGGAUGUGCAGUUGGUCUUGCUACCAUUUGUCAGCACCUCUGCUCUGGCUCCAGAAGUCUUACGGGGCGAUGUGGCCAAGGUCGAGACGAUGCUACUCGAGCCUCAGGAUCCCAACAUCGUGACCCCUCACGUCCAGCCACCUCUUCUCUGUGCAGUGGAGGAGGGCCACAUGCAACUCGCCCGAAUGCUCAUGGACGCAAAGGCAGAUGCUGCCGUGGAGGGCCACGGUGGCUACGCGGCUCUUCAGCAAGCGGCGAAGAUGGGGCAUCCUGACAUGGUAUGCUUGCUCCUGGAGGAGGGGGUCGAGGUUAACAUGGCCGACAGUCAGGGCUGGACGGCUCUGCACGUGGCGGCAAUGUUGGGCCACAAGGAGAUUGCGGAGUUGCUCUUGGACGCUGGCAUUGACAAACACAGAGCCGACAAAAAUGGCCUUACGGCAUUGGCGGUGGCAAAACGCGUCCGGCAACAUCGAAUCGUGGACCUGCUAUGUUGA